CCGAGAUUUAAGGCACACCCACCUCAACACACUGCAAUUCGCAACAGCAAAUGCGCCAGCCAGAACAGCCAGCACGCACCACCUCUCACUCACUUGCUGUCUUGCUGUUCUUCCCGACUCUCCGACCCAGCUCCCAUCUCUCCUGGUAGCCCACCAAGCCUACUGUGUAAGGUGGCCCCCAGCUCAGCCAGUCCCGUCCCGCCCAGUCCAGACCUUGGUACCUCGCCAUUCGUACACGCCCGCCGCCGCCUUGUCUCCUGGGAGCAAAAGCCCGAACAUCGAAACCUCCCCGACCUCAACCUACCGACUCCACCGUCAUCCACGAACCACCCUCACAAUACAGACAAUAAUCUCGCUCCUUCGUCGUCAAGAUGUGGAUUAUUAACUGGUGUAUUCUACGACGUCCUCUCAAGCCUCGGCUUGCUCAACAAGCAUGCCAAGCUUCUUUUCCUUGGCCUCGACAAUGCCGGAAAGACCACCCUCCUGCACAUGCUGAAGAACGACCGUGUCGCUAUCCUCCAGCCUACUCUUCACCCCACUUCCGAGGAGCUCGCCAUCGGCAACGUGCGCUUCACCACCUUCGAUCUCGGCGGUCACCAGCAGGCCCGCCGCCUGUGGAAGGACUACUUCCCCGAAGUCAACGGCAUCGUCUUCCUCGUCGACGCCAAGGACCACGAGCGGUUCCCCGAGGCCAAGGCCGAGCUCGACGCCCUCUUGUCCAUGGAGGAGCUGGCCAAGGUGCCCUUUGUCAUCCUCGGCAACAAGAUUGACCACCCCGACGCCAUCUCGGAGGAGGAGCUCCGUCACCAGCUCGGCAUGUAUCAGACCACCGGCAAGGGCAAGGUGCCUCUGGAGGGAAUCCGACCUAUCGAGGUCUUCAUGUGCUCCGUUGUCCUCAGACAAGGAUACGGUGACGGUAUCCGGUGGCUCUCGCAGUACGUCUAA